AUGUGGUCGUCUACUUCCAGCGUUAUACGCUUGACCGCAGAAAACACUCUGGGAAAGACGACUCUAGGUAAGCCAAAGGUACAAAAGGCUACGUGGUUUUGGAACGAGGAAGUUCAGGCGGCAAUUUGUGAGAAGAAGUCCAAGUAUAAGCUCUGGUGGAGGACGCGUCAGCCUGAAGAUCGGGGUGCUUACCUAGCGGCGAAGAGUGAGGCUAAGAAGGCAGUCUCCAAAGCGAAGUCGGACCGCUACAAGGCUGUGUACGAUAUGCUUGAUACCAGAGAAGGCGAGCGGGCAGUGUAUCGUUUAGUCAGAGCACGUCAUCGCUCAACGUUGGAUAUGGAGCACACCAAGAUCGUUAAGGGAGCUGAUGGAGCCGUUCUGCGCCGCUCUGGUCAGAUCCUGGAGAGGUGGCGAGAGUACUACAAUCACUUGUGUAACGAAGAGUUCUGUCAUCCUCCCAUCCCAACCGUUCCCAGCGUCGAGGAUCCUGUUCUACCAAUUACUGCCGUCGAAGUCAGUGCUGCCCUCGCAAAAAUGAAGUCGAACAAGGCAACCGGUCCUGAUGACAUACCUGUUGAUAUCUGGAAGCUGCUAGGAGAUCGAGGGUCCAUGUGGCUCGCAACUCUAUUUAACAAGAUCGUUGCAGAAGGACGGACUCCAGACGUUUGGCAAACUUCCGUGACCGUGCCUGUCUGGAAAGGGAAAGGAGACAUUGCUGACUGCACCUCGUACAGGCCUAUACGACUGCUCUGCCAUACGAUGAAGGUUUUUGAGCGUGUCCUGGAAGCUCGUCUGAGGAAAAUUGUUAGCGUUUCACUCAACCAGUGCGGUUUUGUGAAGGACUGCAGCACUAUAGACGCUAUCCAUGCUGUCCGAAUCCUCCUGGAGAAACAUCGAGAGAAGAACCGCAGUGUGCAUCUUGCUUUUCUCGAUCUCGAGAAAGCUUUCGACCGUGUCCCACAUGAGCUGUUAUGGAUGUCCAUGAGCCUACCAGCGUUGUACGAUGUGCUGUUGGAACAAGCAGGCCAUUCCCUGUACGAGUAG